AUGAAUGAUGUGUAUCGAGUAUGGGAAGAUGCUUAUUUAGAGAAGAAUCUAACGAUUACAAGAGACACGAAUCCACAGUAUACAUAUGUGGCAAACUAUCUAUGGUUUUUCUUUGUUGAAGACAAAACCUUCCAUAUAGUAGCUUGUUUCAAAGAGACACCAGAAAUCGAAUAUCAUGCAUCUGUGAAGAUUUGGUUCAAAGACGAGCACUUCUGUCAUUACGAAAGAACUGAAAUAUUCCCAUUCAACGAGAAAAAAGGAGAUGAAUACGAGAUUGUUGAUCCUGAUUGGGAAUCAAUUGAAGUCACUUUUCGAGUAAAUAAACUUCAUGGAGAUGUAUAUAUUGGACCAUCUGAAAAUGAAUCAGUCGAUCAAAAUGGAAUAAUUGUAGUCAUUGGAGAUCAGAAAGUAUUUCUCAAUAUGGAGGCAAUAAUUCUUCAAUCGGAAGUUCUUUACGAUGCUUUUAAUAGAAAUGAAGAUGUUACAUUGAAGUUAUCUGAUGUGGAUCCUGCUGUGUUUUUUGAAAUGCUUCGAGUUCUCAAUCCUCCACACAAACGGAUAUCACGCUUCUACUUCACUGAACUUCUCCUUCUUGGAUGUCGUUUCCGAAUGAUUCGUCUUCUGAAUCGUCUCGAUGAAUUCUCAAAAUCUUCCGAAUAUGACAAGAACUGGAUAACAAAAGUUGCAUGGAAAAAGAUUCAAAGAGUCCUACGGGAAGAUCCUUCGUUUACAAUUCAAACAAUCGAGAACUUUAGAAUGAAAAAAAGAGAAGAGAAACCUGUGAGAAAGGUGAAAAUAAGGGAUCCAGAGAUACUGAGUGUUCAUCAGUUUUCGAAGAAACCAGAGAAAUAUUCAUGUAUCGAAUCGUUCUGCGACUACUGUGGCAAUCACAAAACUAGCAUUAUCUACACUUUACUCGCUUUUCUAUUCUUCGAGAAUAUUAUUUUAUUGAUGUGGUUUUUAUGUAUUUAUAAGGAAUCCCACUAA